AUUGGAUGCUAAGAAGCUGUCGAUAGCUUGCAUUGCUGUUGUCUGAGUCUGACCCCAGCUGUAAACAUCCCAGAAAACUUAUAAACAAAGGGGAAUUGCGGUUCUGAACAGCUAGUUUGGAACUAGUAAAGAAUCGAACAAAGUUUUAGUGCAGCGACUGGCGCUUGCAAUUCAGUUCACCAGAUGCAAUCAAAUGGCCUGUCGUUCGUCGUCCCAAUUUAUGCACGUCUUCGUCUGAGAACUAUGCCAAUCAUGUCGUGUAGGAAAGCAGAUCAUGUUUUUGCCGAACGAUACCAAUCAUGGCAUCUAGGAAAACGCCGAUACGGUUUAUAUUAUAUUUUGUUAAGUAAUAACAUAAUUGUUAAGAAUUAUGUUGUUGGCAACUAGGGAAAUGUGCCACUUUGUACUAAGAAAAUGCUAAUACCACACACUCAAUUAUUAUAAAACAAAAAAUACUAAUAAAGACCACAAAAGCCUUGUCAGCCACUCUUUUAAAAACCGUACAGAAAAAUCGAUAGUCUUGGGGGUGGAAAAUGCCACUAAUUAAGAAUGAUCAGAGUACAGAGAACAAUCCGUAGCAGUGGGUCCAUUUGGCAGCUGGGGAGACGAAGAGGAGGUCGCCGUCCUUCUCCAGUCCAGCUUGAGGCCCGCCCGCCCCACUGUCCAGCUCCAGCUCGACCGAGAAAGUUGUGCCAAACAACUCCACGAGAUGCCCUCCUGGAAAACCCCAAAACACCCCCUGGAUCGAACACAUUACCACGGUGGCAUGGCGAUCAUGCUGCGCCACGAUUAUAAAUCCCCGGGCGAGCCGCGUCCAUAUUGAAUUGAACCAAGUCGCCAACCACGUCGGCGUGCGCACGUCAGUGAAGGACGAUUAGAAGCAAAGCUAAGCUAAAGCCCCAGCUCCAGCUCCGGUCGAGCCGGCCGGCCUCCGCGAUGCGAGUCACGUCGUACCAGAGGCUGUCGUCGGAGCGGCCCGAGGGUGGCGCCGCCGCGAGGGCGGCGUGGGCGUGGGCUUCGCUGAGGCGGGCAGCCGCAGGGGUCGCCCGGCUCUACGCCGCGCGGCGGCGGCGGUCGUGCAUGCGGAGGCUGUGGGUGGCCCGGCCGCUGCGGGCGAAGGCGGCGACGAGGUACGAGUACGACUCGGCGAGCUACGCGCGCAACUUCGACGACGGAGCGUGGAUGGCCGAUGAGGGCGUGUCAUGGAACGCGCGUUCGUUCGGCGCGUGUAGGGUCGCCGCCGUCGAGUCAUAAGGAGAGCUUCCCUUUCAUGGCUUCAUGUUGCUUCUUAUUAGAAUUAGUGACUGAUUAUUUAAUUAGGAUUGAUUAUUCAUUGAAA